AUUCCUUUAAAAAUGUGGUAAGAAUCUUGAAAACUGCUACACCAUGAGUUGCUGUUCUUGUUUUUCUGCUCUAAGGCCACAAUAUAAAAGAUUAGUUGACAGUAUUUACCCUGCUAACCCUGAAGAUGGGUUGGUUCGGAGUGAGAUGGAAAAAUUAACUUACUAUGCCGCGUCUGCACCGGAAAAACUUGAUCGAAUCGGGGAUUAUUUGGCACGAAGGCUCACAAGAGACAUGGCAAGGAAAAGAGAAAUGCCUGUCGUGAUCGCCAUGGAAGCUUUAAACCAGUUACUGCUAGCUUGUCAUGCGCAGCAGAUUAAUCUGUUUGUUGAGAGCUUUUUAAAAAUGGUGGCUACGCUGCUGGAGUCUGACAACCCUGAGUUUCUGACUCUUGGCACGAAUUCGUUUGAGAAGUUUUCUGAAAUUAAAGAGGACACGGCUUCAUAUCAUCGAAGGUAUGAUUUCUUUGUUUCAAAGUUUAGCUCAAUGUGUCACAGUCAGCAGAAGAACAGCGCAAUACGACAGAAAGUGCAGCUGCAUGGUGUCAGAGGUUUAAGAGGGGUUAUACGAAAAACUGUAACAGACGAACUACAAGUUAAUAUAUGGGAAAAGCAGCAUAUGGAUAAGAUAAUUCCAUCACUGUUGUACAGCAUGCAAGAUGACCCUGAUUCGAGUUUGACUGAGGAGGCAUCACCGGGAAAUAAUAAAAAUAAUGUGAAUCAUUCAGCUUUGGCAGAAGAAGCAUUGAGGGAGCUUUUUUCUCGCGCAACAUUCGCAAAUGUGUCUGCAGCUCUUGUACCUGCACUAUCACAUAUGGAUAACCAUAGUUUAUGGGGCCCGAAAAAUGGUUUCGCAAUUAAGUGUUUUAAAGUUAUAAUGUAUUCUAUACAAGCACAAUACAGUCAUGUUGUUGUUAAAAUGCUUCUUGAUCAUUUGGAUGAAAACACAAAAGAAGAUGAUGAUAUUAAAGCAAGCAUGUUACAAGUUCUUUGUAUAAUAGUUCCUAUACCUUCUUCUGCUGCUAUAGGGCCUUCAGUUUUGGAUGUAUUUAAUCGCAUAUCAAAACACCUGCAUUUGUGUGCGGACAGCAAACCACACAGCAAAUUUGAGGAGGCUCUUAUUGAAACAACAGGUGUUCUUGCUGCCGUGGUGCCAGAUUACCAAAAACUAGAAACCAUGACAUUUUAUGUGAACCGUGCGAAUGAGGUUCUUCAUAACAGCGAAGACCUGAAUGAAACGGAUGUAGAACAAAACUUUGCUCAUUUGCUUCUGCUGUGUUUGGUACAAAUAGCAAAAACUUAUCACUGCAGCAACAUUUCAAAUUUAACAGUAACACUGUUGGAGCCGCUGUUAAAAGUUGCAUUUUCUGCCCAACCAGGCGAUCGCCUACUUGCUCAAAGUUUGUUAGCUUCGUUGCUUGAUAAGAAUAAAAAUUAUGGAAAACUUAAGUUGGUUUCACAUCAGCGAGAAGUUGAAUCUCUUAAACUGAUAACAUCAACUGCUGGCAAAUAUGAUGGUGAUUUUCUAGAGCGCAGGUUGCCUAGUAUCUACAAUUGGUUGUACAGUAGCUACACCCUUGAAACAAACACCAUUGCCAACUUCACUUCAUUAUACAAAUGUGCGGCAGUGCUUUGCCUCUCUAUAGUUUCCCAUGAUGUGAUUAUGGAUGUGACACGAAUCAUGCUUGCUGUACAAUCUGUAGCUGUUGAUUCAAUUAGCAACUCUGGCAUGACUCACUUUUCAUGCGGCGUGCUUGCUUCUACAAGCUGUUGUUUAUUGAUUCUUGCGCACGUAUCAGCUGUUCCUGAGUUCCAGCAUUAUGUGAAUCAGGUCAUUCACGCCCGAGAAAAAUUUGCCCUUCAGUUUUUGCCUAAAAACGCACUCGAUAGCCAUGUUAACCACAAACCACAGAAGCUAUCACCAGAAAAUGCAGAGAAGGUUUAUUUCAACAGCUCAGAGAUAUACAAUGCUCUUAAAGGAAGAAGUGGAUACAAUAUCGAGAAAUUAACCAGGCCUUUUCAGGCAAACUUACAAAUGGAUACUCUCAGCUCAGAUGCUCAACGUUCAAUAGAUGUUGAAUCAAUCAACAUUGAAUUCUCAGUUGAUAAACAGCAGUCAGUAGUCAUGGAAGAUGGAACAAUGUCAGCGGAAAACAUAACAUAUGAAUAUCUGAAGCAAGUCUUUUAUAAGCCACCCAUGAGUAAAGAAGAGCGUCUAGCUAAGCAGAAAAAGCUUGCCGACCAUAUUAGAAGCGCUCCGUUUGAACAAUUACUGUCGGAAAUGCAACCUGACCCUGUAGAUUCAACGCAGAAACUUGUAAGUCAGUUAUUAGAGGACGAGGAUCUGUAUGUACAAGACUAUGAUCUUGAAUCUAUGGAAUAUCCGUCAAUUUACGCUUAUUAAGUUAUUUCUUUAAUUUUAAAUUUGACAGUGCAAUUUUCUGCAGCAUAUACAGUAUAUUUGGGUGGGAUAAGAUUGGGUAUUUUAUUAUUCUAUUUUUUUAUUCCAUUUGGUAAUACACAAAGCACACUCAAAGAAUUAUAAAACUGUAUCGUUACGACUCCCAUAGACUGUUGUUAAUUGUUUAAAACACAAUCAGGAUACUUGGAUUAAGGUGCCCGGCUUUCCCCACCGUACUAUAUAGAUAAAAGUAAAAUAUGUUAUUUUAUUUUUGUCACAAAUUAUAUUGGUACUUACUGGUUCCUGCUACACAUGAAUCAUGCUAUGAUUUGUGCUUUUAAUGUUUUCUAUUUAUUUGUAAAUUUAUGUCAAGUGAAAUAAUAUUCCUAUGUUUUUUAAUGUUAAAAUGUCAUCAUAGGCGAAAUGUUAUUGUUGUUAUUCCAACUUUUGAAACAGGGGUGACAUUGUAUGUUUUAGCAUCAAGUAGCUUUAACCUUGUUAGUUGUCUAUAAAAAAAAGCAGAGCGAAGUUAUUACAUUCACCACAUUAAUCAAUGAAGUUCCCCAUGUUGAAUGACCAUACGUGUAACUGCAUUUUAACAGUGGCACACCAGAUUUUGUUAAAAAUUUAAAUAACAUGGCGCCUGUGAAUGCCAUCAUGUUGUAAAAAUGUUUUUGUGUGACCGGAAUUAAAGCAUUUAGCGGUAAAUUGCUCAUUC